CAAAAUCCGGUUGUUAAGAAGAUUUCAGGGGUGCUGCUUUCUUGUUAAUACUGCUGCUAGCACUACUAAUUGUACAUAUUCUAGUCUUAACGACAAAUAGCUCCAGGCAUCCACAUUCGAAGAUCACCCGAGAUAUCCAACGACCAACACCACUCAACCAACAUACCUAGGACCACAAACACAUCACAACACAACACGACCAAACCCCCCAAUAUCCAAAAGAAAAAGACAAAUGUCCCUCCACGAAGCCCUCCAAGCCCUCGGCCCAACAACAUGGGACGAAAUCCCCAAAUCUCAACCCGACCUCCGCGCCUAUCUCUCCACCCUCGCCCAUCAAGCCCGCACCAUCAUCGCAUCCGUCCCUGAACCUCCCCCUUCAUCCUCGCAUGAUGGCGAUGAGCACCACCACAAGAAAGAACAGCAACACAAAUACGGGCAUGCAUAUACCGUAAAACCCUCCCCCGCCCGCCUGGGCACCACAAACCACGAGAUCCUCUCAUUACAGAGACAAUGGGGAAAACCGCUGAAACCAGGGAAUUCGCGGGACAAUCCUCAGGAAAUUCCGUUGUUUAAAUUGCAGGCUGGUGAUGGGAAGGCAACGUGGUUUGGACGGAGGAGUGUACAUGAGGGCAUGCCGUUCGGGCGGUGGAGGGAAAAGAUGUCGAGUGAGCUCGAGGAGACACUACGGUUGAAUGAGGGGAGGGUUGAGAAUGGAUUGGCGCCGGAUAAGGUUGUUAGAGGAUUGGGGGCUGCGAGGAGGGUUGAGAGUGUUGAUGUCUACGAAGAGGGUGAGAGUGGUGGUGAGGGGGGGAAGGUGAUUGGGGGUGUGAAAGUAUAUGAUAUCUGUGCACAUUUCCCGAAACCUACAACGGCAAGAGAUUUCGUGCAGGUUAGUGUUUCUUGGGAGGAGGGUGUUGAUACACCUGAGAAUGGUGGUGAUGAGGACAAAGGGAAGGGGAGGCGGUGCCGGAGUUGGUUGUCAAUUUCAAAGCCGUGCACGCAUCCGGAGUUGCCGCCGCAGGAUGGGUAUAUUCGGGGGCAGUAUGAUUCGUUGGAGUUUAUUAGGGAGGUUCCUCCUGUGGCUGCAGAUGAUGGGAAAAGUGUGACUGCGAGUGAUCCGAAUCUUGCCCAGCAUGAGGGUAUCUCGGAGUCGUCAAAAGAUAGCAAGAUGGGGAGGAAGAGGGGAAAGACAGAUACUGCUGCGGAAGAGAAACACAGUGAGUUUGCUGACGGCAUCGUUGAAGAUGAUGAAGCGAACCCGUAUCCAGUUGAAUGGAUCAUGGUUACUAGGAGUGACCCCGGGGGCAGUAUUCCCCGGUGGGUGAUCGAAAAAGGAACACCCAAGAGUAUCUGGAGCGAUACAGUCAAGUUCAUUGACUGGGCUAGUCGAGACGACGAGAAGGAUGAUAGUAAACCAUCCAGCUUGCACAGCGGCACCAAGGGGUCCAACAACGUGAACAUAAAUCUUAACGAUGAAGACGAAGACGAGAAUGGAGAAGACGAGAUCCAUGAACAAGAACAGCGCAACGGCCUCAUCGCCAACUUUGCCUACUUGCUUAAUGCAGGAUUGGAGCGUUACGCACCACAAGCUAUUCUCGACUACGUACCCUACCAGCGCAGAUCCUCACUCAGCUCUGACUCUAGUUCCGAAGAAUUCGACGACGCAUUGUCUACUGCAAGCACGCGGUCUAGUUCAAAACGAAGGAGUAGCUCGAAGACUCGUGGGGGGACGGAAUCGCAUAAAGAGGGCUUGGAUAUCGGCCAUACUAAUGCUACACCUGUUGAUCUAAUGCAGAUGGACAAGAAAACCGGAAAGCUGAAUUCGCACGAGAAACAUCUGGCUAAACUUGCGCAAAGGAAGCGCGAUGUCCAGGCUAAAUUGGAGACUGUACGGACGGAGAUUGAAGCGUUGCGGUUAGACGCAAAUGCCAGCACCGGUGCUUCCGGUGAUGAAAAAGAGAAAGAAACAGACAAAGAAAAAGAAAAGAGAGAGAAACGGGAGAGGAAGGAGAAGGAGAAGCAGGAGAAGCAGGAAAGAGAAAGGGAAAAGAAAGAAGAAAAGGAAAGGGAAAAGAGAGAGAAACAGGAAAAGCGCAAGAGCAGAAAAGCUGGAGAAGAACCUCCCUCCGAAGCCCCACCCCAACUCGACAGUACCCCAGCCCCAGACUCUGAAUCCAAGAGUACCACAACAAGCAACAACCAGCCGCCUUCCUCUGAAGACCUCCCCCGACUCAGCGAAAGGCAAGAACGCCCCAAACACAACCGCACAGUAUCAACAGCAUCGCACCGCUCCGCCGCACAAAUUCAUAAAGCAGCCUCCGGCCUCUUCGCUCAAGAAUCCAAGCUUCUCAAACAACUCGGUAAAAUCGAGCAAGACCAGUUGAAAGAAGCUUCCAAGAUUGAAGCAAGACAGAAGAAACAGGUUGAGAAGGAGGAGAAAUCUAGGUCACGGAUGGAGAUGGAUGGGAUGAAGAAGGAAGUUGAUGAGUUGAAGAAGGAAGUUGAGAAAUUGAGGAAUGAGAGACAGCAGUGGCAGGAUUUGGUGGCCAGUUUGCAGGGGGAGAAUCAGAGGUUGGGGGGACAAGGUGGGCAGGUUGAGGCUGGGGGUUGAAUACUGAAUGGGUGAGAUUGGAUGUAUAUUUGGAUGUAUUAUACCGUACUAUAGUAUGUAUUUGGAUUGAUUGUACAGUUUGUUUGGUUAAGACACGUUAAAUACAGAUUUUUAGACCGAGGCCCUACACGCCAGUCUCAGAUACCUCUGCAGCACAAUAUAAGAUAACCUCAAAUC